CUACAGACACUCUUAUUCCAGACGUCGGAUCGGUUGCACGUGUUGCGCGCAGUUGGCUCUUCGUCUUUGUAGGUUUUUGACUGUUUCCCGCUCAACAAAAAAAUAUAUAUUAUAAAAAGUAAUUUAAUGAAACAAAAUAUUAAGAAUUAUUCUGCAAUGAUUAGGCAAAGCAAUAGACGACAACAACAGCAACAACACAAAUAAUACAAUAAAUGUUUACCAAAAAUAAGUUGAAAAAUUCUAUCGGGGACUUACUUAAAUCAAAUAGAGAGUACCAAAAAGAAGAAAGUGAUUCAAACAAAUAAAGAAAAAAUCAAACGUGUGUUUUUUUUUUAACUGAAAUCGCUAAAAAUAAGCGAAAAAUUCUAGACAUUAAAUCGCAGCAAGGCAGCAGCAGCCGCCGCAGUCUUCUCGAGCAAAACUUCUGCUGCGUCGAGUAAAAGUGAAUGUGAAGUGAAGCCGCGUAGCGCGUCAAAUACCGUUACAACUACUAGACAAUUGGUUAGCGCCGUCUAUUGCGUUCGUGCGUGGUGUGAGUUGUGCGAAAGCUGAAAAGGAAAGCCGAAGGAGAGCAAUAAAUCCAUCAGCGCAUCGUAAAUGAAUUUUAAAGUUCCAAGAGGCGAAAUUAAAAGGAAUUGCAAAUUACUCAUAGACGCGCGACUCGACGUACAAGUUUUUCGUGUGAUUUUUCUUCUUUUUUUUUUCGUUCCUGCUAGCAGUGAGCUUUGACAAUUCACACAGUUACCAAUUUAUGCGUGUGUUUUGUUCAAUCAUAUUUGGCUUGGCCGAUCAAGCAUAUUGCUGAAAAGAAGAAGCAACAAUUAACGAAUUGGAUUACAAUUUUCAUUGCAUUUACUACUGGACGGACACCCACACAUACGUGUAGCGGAGUUUUUGCAGCUGGAUACUGUGCUACUGUGCUACUGUUCUAGAAUAGAGCAGACACACCCCAAACUCCGGACAUAAUUUGUGAAUAGAAAGGAAAGAGAAGAAAGUGGCCAAAAUGACGACCGUGACAAGCGGCAUUUGCAUUAGCAGCGAUUUCGACUACUUGGACAUGGAACUCAGCGACCUGAUGGAACUCAACAUUAACUACAGGCUGCCCAGCAUACAGAAUGACGUGGAGAGGAUCGCCGCCGAGCACUCCCACCUGAACAGCUUUACGCUGUUCGACGACAUAGACUUCAAGCCGGAGAUUCGCAACGGCGACUGUAUGUGGCCCACCUUCGGCAGUUCCGGCACACACGGCGCCAGCGGCAGCGGCAGCGGUGGCAACAACAUUUCGGCCGCGUCCAGCUACAGUGAGAGCAGCGCCGUGCCGCCAGCCUUCGUCAGCGGCAGCGCGCUGUGCAUCAAGCAGGAGCUGGAGGAUGAGGAUCAGCUUGAGCAGGCACAGCACCAGGAACUGGACCUAGAUCAGCAUCACGAUCUCGACCAGGACCACGACAAUGACAGCAACAGCGAGAACUGCCCCCACAACAGCAACAGCCACAGCAGCAAGAGAAUGAGGAUGAACAGUUGCAGGUCAACUGGCGGCAGCAGCAAGUCCGCUGCGGCGGCGACAGUAACGCCCACGAUUCAGAUACCCAGUCGGGCGACACAGCGGGAAGCCACUAUCGAGCCGUAUAUACCGCCUGGUGCCUCGCUGCUGCGCAAGAGCAACACGCAGCACAAGCUGCAGCAACAGCAACAACAACAACAACAGCAACAGCAACAGAAGCUGCUUCAGAAGUCGCAGCAGCAGCGCUACAGCUGUUUGAUAACAAGCAGCAACAGCCUGCCGGAUGACGAACCCAUGCCGGAGGUGUUCAAGCACAACGUGGACCUGCGCGCCUGUGUGAUGGGCAGCAACAAUAUUUCACUGAGGAGCAGCUCCGACGAGAACAUCAUCGACCACCUGAGCCGGGAGCUGCAGAACACGAGCAAGGAGCGCAUCGACCUGCCUUACCGCAUCCAGGGCGAUCCGCCCAUCAUCACGGACGUGCUGGAGGUGCUCAACCAGCAGGCGCAGCAGUCGGGCCGCUCGGCAGCAGAGGCAGUGGCGGCGGCUGCGGCAGCUGCCGCAACACUGUCCCCCCCGGCUACAACGACCACCAGCUCGGACUCCGACUCGGACUACGGAGAUUGUUCCAUGCGCCACAUCAGCGAUCACAGCUACACGCGCUGCAACGAGGUGGAGGCCAACCUGGACACGCCCUCAGACUCUGGUGAGUGUUGUACGCCCAUUUGUUAUACCUAGGAUAAUUAUAAAGGC